AAUAAUUCCCCUCGCUGGGCCCCCAGCAGCAGCCGGCGCGCGCAUUGAUGAAGUCAACAACAACAACAAGUAUGGCGUCAGUUACAAAAAUCGAAAAAAAAUAUUAAAAGAAGUGAAUAAAUUUUUGACGGGGUGAUCAGUCCUGUUGGCAACAGAAAAACAUUGUUUGAAGAGCUCAGCAGUAGUGGUCUAAAAUUGAUUAAAUACAGAGAAUAGUAACAUAUCAGUGCCUAUUAUACUUACAAAAAUACAAAAUUUUACAAACUUGGCAAAAUUGUCUUUGAAAAGCUUGGUUAUUAUCAAAAAUAGACAUUCUUUGCCUGUGACAGACUUGAACAAAAACUACGGGUUUCUGUGGAAUUUAUCACUAAAAACUAAAAAGGUUAGGUCUAAGUAGUAAUAUAAUUUCUGCCUUCUUUAAUGAAUAGAGAAAGAGCAGAGUGACAAUUUACUUAAAUUUGAUGAGAGUUUAAGGCCGGGAAAUACGAGACAUCAUGGCAGCUCCAGACCUGGAUGUGAUCAAAGAUAUACCUGGGUACAAAGUCAUACUGAAGGCGGUUCUGAAAAGCCAAAUACAGCAACUGGUUGAGCAACUGGCCUCCACUACUGAAGAGGAGUCGGUGAUUCUCACAGCAAGUGUUGCUGACGGUACACUCAGUCACCUUGGCUCUCAAUCUGGUAAAGGUUUCCUUGAAGAUCAUGAAGAUAUCAAGUCACAGUUUUUGGGAUUCUGUCUCAAAAAACACCAUAGAGACAAACAAGAAAAGGAACGCCAGGAGGCUGAAGCUGCUUUAAUACAAGCCACACAGGCAGCUGCUAGGCAAAGAAGCCCUCGUGGACCCUAUCCAGCUAGAUCUCCAAGGUUUUCAUCGCCUCAUGGUCCAGGGCCAAUACACCCAGUUGCUCUUACACGAUCUCCACGGGGUGGGGGGAUGAUAUCACCAGGUAAUAGGCAUGAACCUUAUCCAGCAGCAAGACCUUCAAGAAGAACAAGUACAGAGCCAAGUCCUGUCAAAGUAAAUAAUGGCAGUGGACAGGUUAUUAAAGUAGAACUAGAUACUCAUUCAAAUGAAAAUGACACAAUUAAUCAGGAUACAGAUCAGUCAUCAUCUCAUCAGUCUAAUGCUCCAUCUAGUGUCAAAUCUGAAAGUGGCGAGAAAGAUGAGGAUGCCCAAUCAGAAUCCUCAAAUUCUACCAUUCCAAAUGAACCUCUAGCAGAAGGAAUAAGUUUAGAUUCAGACUUGUCAAAUGUGAUUUCAGGACCUAGUCACACACAGAGUGGUGAAAGUAGUGAAAUAGACCCAAAUGUUUCUGUUAAAAUAGAGGCAUUAACUGAAAGUGAGAUGGAGCUUGAAAUUACGGGUGUAGAACCCGGUCGACCUGUUGUGCCCCAGGAUAACUGGGAUCCUAACAUUUCUUUGGGGAUGAACUUUGACCCCUCGCAAGGUGCUACUGGGAAUCAGGCAGACAUGUCAGGGCAGGGAUACAACCAAGAAUGGAGUUUCAGUAAUCAUAGCACACCAUAUAGCAUGACAAGUGAUAUGAUGAGGUCUGCUCAGAACUAUGAGCCAGUCAACAGGUCCAGCAGUAUGGCCCAGCAGUAUGGUCAGUUUGGCAGACAAUGUCACAGCUGUUGUGACAUAGUGGUAUCACUGCAGCAGCGUGUGCUUUCCCUUGAAAGGGCUGAGGAGAUGAGAACAAAAAAGAAAAACAGCAAAGAAGCAAAAUGUGUCACUUGUGUGCUGCAGACUGGAUCAGAUCAGCUGGUAAAAGAAAAGCUGACUGAGUUGGUGACAGGAAGUGGAUACUCUUUAAGUAGGGCUACAAGUAAACUCCUCCAAGAAGUUUUCACCACAGAGGAGUUGAUGACGUCAAGUGUGAUGGGGGUUGCUGGAGGGAAAGCGUUGGGUAACCCAGCCCUUGAUGCUAAGAGAAGAAGUAUGAUUGAAGAUAUUUUGAUGAACAAGUUUGAGACUUCAAUUCCUCAAAUAAGAGCCAUCAUCAGGGACCGGCUGAAAUUAAUGCGAAAAAAAUAUGGGGGAUUACCGAAAGGGGAAUCGAACUAGGACUUUCAAGACUGUGCUUUAUGGACAGUUUUAAAACCAUGCCUCAGUGGCAUUACCUUGUGCAUAUAAGCCUUUUUAAACUAAAAUAACCGAAAAUAUACGUUGUACUUUGUUGUUGAUAAAGUGAGUGUUACUUGACAAAGAGGAGAUGGAAAGCACAGAGGAGAUGGAAAAAACUGUUUCAGUGAAAAUGCCUUAUUUGCAUUAUGCAGAACGUUCAGACUAACUGAUGGUUGCUAAAUGCCCUUCUGUAUUAUAAUCUAAAUAAGACUUUACAGAUCAGGUGAUUUUUUGUUUUUGUUUUUGGUUUAACGCCGUUUUUCAACAGUAUUUCAGUUGUGUAACGGCAGGGCUCAAACUCACGACCCCGAGAUCCGUAGAUCUGCACUCUUGUAUCCUUGUAUGGACCUCUUGAAUUUUGUUAGAAUGGUUCCACUUGGCCCCAUGAGUAUAUGCAAAUUUUUCCGCAUGACUGCCUCUUUCUUAUGAAGGUCAUAUACAGCAUGUUUUUCAAAGGUCAAGGUCAUAUGAACAUCUUUAGAACCAUCAUGGCCCCCUUGUUUGAUUUGUGAUUAAAAAUCAGGGGUCAAAUUUAGCAGUAUUUUGUACUAGAUAAGAUAAGCUGAUGCCAUUUGCCUUUUUUCACUAGCUGAAUGGAAAAUAUACUAGCUAAAUUUAGACAAUAAUAUGUAAUUAUUUUAUUAAUAUUUUACUAACCAAAACUUACAAAAUGAUAUUCUGUGUAAUUAAACUGUUACAAACAAAUAUUUUCUUCUAGCUUGAAAUAGCUGACCAGUACCAUAUUUAUUCACUUACCAGCUAUAGUGAAAGUUUACCAUGAUAACCUAGAGUUGUUGCAGUAAUGCAAGCUAAUCUAAUUCUGCAUUAUUAUGUUACCUGUAAUUAUUUUUAUGUGUAUGUCAUGUGCGAGUUGUUGAAAAAUGAAAAACAUUUAUAAUAUGUUAACCUUCCUUUCAUGAGAAAAGAUGUGUACUUGUAAAACAAAUUUUAGAUUUUGAAGGUAUUUUUGUGGUAUAUUAUUUACUAAGCUGAAUUUAACUAGGACAUUCAGAGACCACUAAUAAAUUUUAGCUUUUACAAAUUUGAACCCUGGAAUUCUGUUAUGACAUUUUAUAUUACUUUAUUAUAUUUUAUAUACAUUUUGAAAUGAUCCAUUUAUUCUUGUAAAAAUAAAAUUUCUGUUCUGUUAAAAUAUUUGACUUUUGAUUGUUAUAAUUUCAUAUAAGUUUAACAUGCAUCAAACUACUAAUUAAUUUAGCAUCCUUUAAGGCUGUCCAUUAUACAUUAUUGGAUUUCCUGAGAACAGGACAAUCAUGGGAUUUCCUGAGAACAGGACAAUUCUUGGAUUUCCUGAGAAUGGGACAAUCCUGGGAUUUCCUGAGAACAGGACAAUGGAUAAUGUGAGUUGUCCUGCUGUCAAGAAAUCCCAGGAAAAUUCUGGGAUUUCCUGAGAACAGGACAUUACUGGGAUUUCCUGAGAAUGGGACAAUCCUGGGAUUUCCUGAGAACAGGACAAUUCUUGGAUUUCCUGAGAAUGGGACAAUCCUGGGAUUUCCUGAGAACAGGACAAUGGACAAUGUGAGUUGUCCUGGUGUCAAGAAAUCCCAGGAAAAUUUUGGGAUUUCCUGAGAAUGGGACAUUCCUGGCAUUUCCUGAGAACAGGACAUUCCUGGGAUUUCCUGAGAACAGGACAAUAUAAUGAAUUCCUUGUGUCCUGGUUUUUCCUGUCUUCAGGACAAAUCCUGGGAUUGUCCCAUUCUCAUUUACCUGCAUGAAAAGUCCCAGGAUUAUCCCAGGAAUUCCUGGGAUGUUUUUCAAGACACAUCCUGGUAUAUUUUUGAGACUUCCUGGGAUAAUCCUGGGAUUUCUUGUCCCUUUUGUUUUGCACGGGUAAAAAAUGGUCCUCUUGUAAUCAUAUUUCAUUCAUCUUGGUCCAGUUAAUGUUGAACAUUUUCUAGAUUUCACAAGGACGUAACUCUCCUAAAUAUGCAGUUAUAUGCUAAAAUAUUGCUACAUAUAUAUCUUAUUAUAUGGGAAAUGUCUUUUUGCUCUGAUAGAACCCUAUUCUUGAACUAGGUUUCUAACAAUAAACUCAUUGAAUAUAGAUUAUAUUUCGUAAAUAAAUCAAUCUAUAUCCAACUGGUCAUUUAUUACAUUAACAAGGUAUAUCCAUGGCCAAAUUGUGUAGGUUGUUGGUGUCAAAUCAAUAGACCACUGUAAUACAUGAUGCCAAGAAGCAAAAACAUGUCCCAUCAUUUUGUCUUCAUCACUUUAUAGCCAUGCUAAAAAUGGUAAAUAUAAUCUUAUAGGAAAUACAAUAUGCUUGAUGUACAUGUUUGUUUAGAAGAAUGUAUUUUGUUCAUGUCAGUUCGAUGUUUAUGAAGAGUUAGUUACACAUUUAUUGUGUUCUAUUUAUAACCUAGCAUACAUUACAAUAUGUUUGUUUGUUUUGUGUUCAUAUGUAUUGCAUCAUGUUAGAUACUGUGAAGUGAUUGUUGUUUUUUCAAGAUUGAAAUAUAGAAAAGUUA